CUGCUUUACUUCCCCUGGACGACCCGUGGGAAAAAGUACUUCCGUAUGCUAGCGCUUGGAGAAGUAUUGUUUAGCGUUCGUAACCUCUUCAAAUCGACGGGUGCUGCUGCUUUAAGAUGUGCUAAAAAGGAAUCCGUAGCAAAAAAAAUUCCUGACAGGCCCAAGAAAUCUAAGACGCGCGCACAACGUUCUACUAUCCAUAUGGUCAAAGGUUGUUUCCGCUUACUUUCAAUUUCGAACAGCAGUUUCACAGGUACCACCAGACUUACCUGCAAGUUUACUUCAAGUCUCAAUUCUAAGAUUGGACUAUUUCGAUCUUCAACUUGUCCCUCAUCAGAACUAAGGACUUUUGUUUCUUGUACAAAAUUACCUAUGGAGAACUUGGAGGAGGCAUCUGACUUUGAGAGCAACACUAAAGGCAUAGAAAUUGGUGCAGCACUUGUUCAACCUGAGGAGUCCAAACAUGUGACUGAAGAUGUGACGUAUGUCAAUCAAAAAGACUCUUCCACCAAUCAAGAUAGUUUUCCUGUCAGCAGUUUCACGCAGGACAAGGUACCUCCUGACUUGAAGGAAGAGAUGCAAAGUGAACGGGAUUUUGAUCAAGAGACAUGUACAUUAGAAACAUCAGGUAGAGUGUCUGAGUUGCCAGAAGAACAAGAAAGACAUCAAAUACUAGAUACUGAAAUAACCAAAUGCUUUCAGAAUACUGAAAAUGAAAAAGAUAGCAACGUGCACUGUGAUGAUGGAUCCUUUGGAUUAGAGACUCUUUUUGAUGAGGACCUACAUCGCAAUGAUGCAGCAGGGUGGAUAACUCAAAGCAAAGCAAAAACUAAACAAAGAAAGCGCGAAAAGAGAAAGCGAAAACUACAGCUGAAUGCUUUAUCGGAUGAUGAUGACACCGAUAUGGCUAGUGCUAGUGGUAGUAAAGACAAUGGACUAUUACUAAAAGGUAAAAAGAAACCUAAAAGGAUUACACCAAACUACUUCUUGGCCAUUCGUGUCUCCAACCCUCAGAUACAUUCUGCCAUCAAGAAUGUUCAAGAUUCUAUUACUACACAUAAUGAAAAACUAACACCCGCUCUUAUUCCUCUGGAAACUUUACAUUUGACCCUCAUGGUCAUACAUCUUGAAAAUGAUGAACAAAUUCAGAAAGCGACAGAGGUUUUAAAUCAGUGCAAAAUUAGUCUGGACCCCAUUUUGCGAAACAAUGUAUUGACAAUGACCUUUUCAGGCCUUGGCCACUUUAACCAUCGAGUUCUUUAUGCAAAACUUUGUGGAGGGGAGGAGAUGGAAGUUCUGAAAUCUGUUGUGAACAUAGUAAGAGAAACUUUCACAAAGGAAGGCAUUCCUUCAACUGACUCCCGCGAAUUCAGCCCUCACUUGACAGUCAUGAAAUUGUCUCGUAACCCAACGUUGAGAAGGAAAGGGAUCAAGAAGAUCCCAGAAGAGAGUUAUGCAAGCUGGGUUGAUAUGAGCUUUGGAGAAGAGCCAGUAAAUGCUGUGCACUUGUGCUCUAUGAACAAGAGAGAAAAGGAUGGAUUUUACAAGUGUGAGGCCACAGUGACAUUUAAUGAUGCAGCCAAUGAACCUCCAUCCACUGAAACAGGAAAUACAAGAAGAGAGGCUGAUGUAGCACAAGAUAAUAACAUUGGAGAUGUAGAACAGGAAGCGACAAGUUCAAGUGCUGCACUUUGUGAUAAAAAUACUGGUGGAAAUGGGAAAAAUGUUGAAGAAAAUGCUCCUUGUGACGAAGAUCUCUCCAAGGAGUUAGGUUCAUGGACAGUUGAUGACAGCAUGGAAGAUGAAGUUGUAACAAGAGAACCAAGUGAACUUCAAGGUGAUUCUGAAAGGAAUGGCAGAAAAAGUGACCAUUAAUUUGCUAACCUAGUGUCAGAGGUAUAUCAAACAUCUCUGCCUUCAGACACUGAUUAUUGUACAUCGCUGUACAGAUGCAAGUUGCUGGUUUUAAAUGGCACAAAUAUCUGAUUAAAGACACUUGAUUUUAAGUUCAUGGAAAUGGUCUUUUUGUAUACCCUUCUACGAAAACAAAGAAGACACUUGGUGACCGGGCUUUUUCUGCUGCUGCACCAACACUUUGGAAAAAAUUACCAAGUGAUAUAAAAGAUGAGGACAAUUUUGAGCACUUUAAAUCAAAACAAAAAAAUUUGCUUAGGAAAGCAUGUGAAUAGUAAGUUUUUUAUAUUGUAUAUUAGACACUUUUUACUAGAUUUUAAAAUAUUCAAUUAUCCUACUUAUUUUUAAGCAUUCUUACUACUAGUUUUAACUAAUAUAAUUUGUUUGUCAGGCACAUUUGCUCAUAUUUACAUGUUAAUUUGCACCAUGUAAAUUUUAAUUAUUGUUAUUAUUUAAUACUGUUAUUAAUGUACACAAAGGACAAGCUAGCCAGCUGUUUGAGUAAGAUUGCCAUGGGACAGUCUACAUGAAAAAAAUUUUUACUCAAAAUGUUGAUACAGGAACCAGAUUGCUUUGACUAUCAUUUUCUUGACUUGUGCUUUAGAUAAAUAUUUAAUAUGUGUUUGAGCCUUGUGGCGCCUUGGCUGGUGCUUCUCUCUCUGGUUUCUGUAGCAUACAGCGACUAUGAGUAUUCUUUCUCCCUGGCAGUAAUUUAUAAACCUGGUUGCAGAGAGUCACAGUCAGAGUAAAGUACCUUGUGACCAAGAACACUUCACAAUCAACCAGACCAGGGCUUGAACUCAGAUCACUUGGUCCAGAGUCCAGCCCACUAACCAUUAGGGAGGCUCUGUUAGGUGUUUUUCAGGAACUGGGAUAUUUAGGUUACGAAAAUAACAAGAUACAGUUUGCUUAGAUUAGAUAAAAUGGUAUAGUAUGGUGACAGAGCUUUUUCUGUAUGCGCUCUGAAGAUUUGGAACACUGUUCCUUUGGAAAUAGGUCGAUCCAGUACAGUUUUAUUAUUUAAGAAAAAACUCAUGACCUCCCUUAUUACUAAAUUUAUUAAGAGUAACUCUUUAUUAUACUUUUAAUUUUUUUUUUAAGAUUCUAGUUUGUUUGGGUAUUUUGGUAGUUUAUUAGUUUUUAAGUUUCUUAGGGUAAAAUAUUGUAGCUUUUAGGUAUAAUUUUGUGAAGCACCUUGGGCAAAUAAUGGAUGUGUGGGCUAUACAAAUGAACUAUUAUUACUAUCAUUAUAGUGAGUUGGAAAAUCGUUAAUUUUUGCAACUGGAAUAAACAGGAUCUGGGAUACUCAGACCCCCCCCCCCCCCCC